GUUUCCGCAAUCGCAAAGAUGAAGCCAGUUAUAUAGACCCCUAUUCUUUUCUUACUCUACCUUGUGUUCUCUCGGUUCUCCAAUCCUCGCGAUCAUGUCCUCCCAACCUCGAAACCAAGAGCUGGCCUGGGCCAAGCCUCUCUCCGUCGACCUCAUCCUCAAGGUUCUCAACGUUACCUUCCUCCACCCGUUCGUGGCUUGGAUGAUACCGCUUUGCAUGCGCGCACAAGCUAUGCCAUGGCACCAUUCAGCUAUCCAAAUAGCUAUCGGAUACGCCUCGAUCCUCACUGCGCUGUUCUUCCUCGGGAUCCUCAAUAAACAGAUUGCCUACAGCAAACCGCGCAAAGUGGACUUGUCGGAAGAAGUCAUCGUUAUCACCGGUGGUGCGAGCGGAUUGGGCUUGUUGAUCGCGGAGGUUUAUGGCAUGAGGGGAGCUACCGUCGCAGUGCUAGAUGUGAAGGAGUUGGAAUCCGGUGAGGCGCGGGGUGUGUCCGUCUAUAAGUGCGAUGUGGCAGACAAGGAGCAACUUGCGCGCGUGGCAGUGGAGAUUGAAAGAGAUCUUGGCACUCCUACAAUCCUAAUCAACAACGCAGCCAUCGUCAAUGGUAAACCGCUCCUCGACCUCUCAAUCGACGAAAUCGAUCGCAGCUUCCGUGUCAACCUCUUGUCCCACUUUUACACACUUAAGACCUUCCUUCCAGGCAUGGUGCGUGCCGGCCAUGGGACUAUAGUCACAAUGUCCAGCGUCCUCGGCCAAGUGGGUGCGGCUCAGCUCACCGAUUACUCGGCUGCCAAAGCCGGCUUAACAGCAAUGCAUCGAUCUCUAGUCGCCGAGCUGAAAUCAACGCCGAAUAUCAAGACUCUCUUGGUUACACCUGGACAAAUGAGUACACCUUUAUUCAACGGUGUUGAGACGCCCUCGUCUUUCCUCGCCCCUCUCCUGGAGCCGGUUGACGUCGCAAGGGAGGUCAUUGCUGCCAUUGAUGCAGGUUCUAGUGCGGUUCUGGCAAUGCCACUUUAUGCUAGAUGGGUUAACUGGAUGAACGUGAUGCCUGUGGGCGUAGAGACUAUUCUGAGGAAGCUGUGUGGAGUUGAUAGGGCUAUGAAGGGAUUCGUCGGUAAGGGGGAGACUUCUGGAGGGACGAAAUCCCUGAUAUAGAGAGAGUUAUUGGUGCUGGCGCCAUAAUCAAAAGUCAAACCUGUACUGUACGAAAAAAUGAUUAUAAUACCCUAUCUCAGUC